CGCCCCGAGGAGGUCGAGCCGGGCCAGGCCCCGGAGCAGAGAAGACGAGGGAGAGGAGCGGCGAGGCGGAGGAAGCAGGCUCAGCCCCGCCACCAACUUCUCGAAGCCCCCGGACAAGGGUCGGGGAGGCGCCCGAGCUCACCCGCGGCCAUGGCAAAGGCAGAGUUCAAGUUUCUCAUCUGGAUUGGAUUAUUAAACUGCUUUGUGGUCUGUGGAUCUGCCCAACAAGGUGGGAGCAAUUGUAUAAAAGCUAAUGCUAAAUCAUGUGCUGAUUGUAUACAAGCUGGACCAAAUUGUGGAUGGUGCAAAAAUGCAACCUUCUUACAAGAAGGAGAAUCUACUUCAGCACAAUGUGAUGAUUUGGAAGUUUUAAAAGCUAAGGGCUGCCCUUCAGGUGAAAUAGAAAAUCCCAGAGGCUCACAGGAAAUGCUGAAAAACAAGGAAGUAACCAAUCGUGUCAAAGGGACUGCUGAGAAUCUUAAACCGGAAGACAUUACUCAAAUUCAACCACAGCAAGUACAGUUAAAGCUGCGAAUAGGGGAACCACAGACAUUUUCAUUAAAAUUUAAGAGAGCUGAAGAUUAUCCCAUUGAUCUUUAUUACCUUAUGGAUCUCUCCUACUCUAUGAAAGAUGACUUGGAAAAUGUGAAAAGCCUUGGAACUUCUCUGAUGAGUAAAAUGAAGAAUAUAACUUCAGAUUUUCGAAUUGGUUUUGGCUCUUUCGUUGAAAAAACUGUAAUGCCUUAUAUUAGUACUACACCAGCCAAACUCAAGAACCCAUGCACUGUUGACCUUAACUGUACAAGCCCUUUUAGCUACAGGAACGUACUCAACUUUACCAGCAAUGGAAAUCUGUUCAACAAGCUUGUAGGUGAUCAACAGAUUUCUGGCAAUCUGGAUUCUCCUGAAGGUGGAUUUGAUGCAAUAAUGCAGGUUGCUGUUUGUGGUUCAAAACUUGGAUGGAGAAAUGUCACUCGGUUGUUGGUAUUUUCUACGGAUGCUGGAUUUCAUUUUGCUGGAGAUGGGAAACUUGGAGGAAUUGUCUUGCCAAAUGACGGGCGAUGUCAUUUAGAUGACAAUAUGUACACAAUGAGCCAUUAUUAUGAUUAUCCCUCCAUUGCACACCUUGUUCAGAAGCUAAGUGACAAUAAUAUUCAGAUAAUAUUUGCUGUUACACAAGAAUUUCAACCUGUUUACAAGGAGCUCAAGAAUUUGAUUCCAAAAUCUGCAGUGGGAACACUCUCUUCAAACUCCAGUAACGUGAUUCAACUGAUAAUUGAUGCCUACAAUUCAUUGUCUUCAGAAGUCAUUCUGGAAAACAACAAACUACCAAAAGAAGUCACAAUUGAAUAUAAAUCUUUCUGCAAGAAUGGAGUGAAUGGUACAGGAGAUGAAGGAAGAAAGUGCUCCAACAUUUCAAUUGGAGAUGAGGUUAGCUUUGAGAUUAAAGUAACAGCCAACCAGUGUCCAGAAAAAGGGCAUGGUGAAACCAUUAAAAUCAAGCCACUAGGUUUCACUGAAGAGGUAGAAAUUAAUCUGGAGUUCAUCUGUGAAUGUGAAUGUCACAAGGACGGAAUUCCAGACAGCCCUAUGUGCUUCUAUGGAAAUGGAACAUUUGAGUGUGGUGCCUGCAGGUGUAAACCAGGACGUAUUGGAAAGCUCUGUGAAUGCAGCAUGGAUGAAGUAAACAGUGAAGAUAUGUCAGGCACCUGUAGACCAGCAAACAGUUCAGAAAUAUGUAGCAACAAUGGAGAAUGUAUUUGUGGACAGUGUGUGUGCAGGAAGAGAGACAAUUUAAAUGAGAUCUACUCUGGCCGGUUUUGUGAAUGUGAUAACUUCAACUGUGAUCGAUCUGAUGGCUUGAUUUGUGGAGGACAUGGUGAAUGUAAAUGUCGUGAGUGUUAUUGCGCAGAAAAUUAUACAGGCUCUGCUUGUGAUUGUUACAUGGAUACCACCCCAUGUGUAGCUGGAAAUGGGCAAAUCUGUAAUGGCAGAGGAAUCUGCAAGUGUGGAGUCUGUAACUGCACAGAUCCCAAAUUUACGGGACCAACAUGUGAAUUGUGCCCAACCUGCCCUGGAGUUUGUGCAGAGCACAAGGACUGUGUGCAGUGCAGAGCUUUUAACAGAGGGGGAAAGAAGGACACCUGUGAAGAAGAGUGUUCACAUUUUACCUUGAUGCCAGUAGACCAUAGAGAGAAGUUGCCACAGCCUGGACAAUAUAAAGCACAGUCUCAUUGCAAAGAGAAGGAUAUUGAUGACUGCUGGUUCUAUUUCACCUACUCAGUUGAUUCAAACAACAAUGCCAUUGUCCACGUGGUAAAGACUCCAGAAUGCCCAACAGGUCCCGAUAUCAUUCCCAUUGUUGCUGGUGUGGUUGCUGGAAUUGUUCUUAUUGGUCUUGCUUUAUUGCUGAUUUGGAAGCUACUUAUGAUCAUUCAUGACAGGAGAGAAUUUGCAAAAUUUGAGAAGGAAAAGAUGAAUGCAAAGUGGGAUACGCAAGAAAAUCCUAUAUACAAGAGUCCUAUUAAUAAUUUCAAGAAUCCAAACUAUGGAUGUAAAGCUGGUCUCUAAGUUUCCGGUGAGAAUCCUAUCUACAAGAGUGCAGUGACAACUGUGGUGAAUCCUAAAUAUGAGGGGAAAUGAAAACUGCUUUCUAAUUCUACAACUGCUUUCUAACUCCACAACACUGUAUGCAAUGUAGCAGUUUUGUAGUCACAGUAACAUAGCUUUAGAGCAAUAUCGCAAUGAAUUUACUAAUUCAUUACAUUACAUAUAUGUUUGUUUUCUAUGCAGAUUUUAAAAACUGUACAGUAUGUUUUUAAUUUUUGAAGGUUUUUUUUUCUUUUUGCAAAUAGUGCCAGGAGAUUGAUAAUAAAACUUGACACUGCAUAGCCUCCUCAACUAAGGUCACAUGGUGCCUUUCUGACCUGUAUCUGGAGUGAAAUGGCUAAAGUAACCAGUAUAAGGGUUCUGCCUAGCCAUUAAGUAUUAAUAUUAUAUCAGUUUUUCUUUACAGGCACAUCAGGGCUUUGGUUUGCACAGUUAAAAUGCAAGCCAAAUAAUUCUUUGUAAAUUACAAAAUUAACUUUAGUUUGUGAAUAAUGAACUUUUCGCAAGAUUUUAACCUUACUUGAUGCAGUAAGUUUAAUGAGACAGAAAUCAUGAUCUAAAAGACAAUUUAAUAUGUGCAGAUGCCUUUUAAACUGUCAGGGGUUGUGUAUAAGAAAUAGGAAGGAAAAAUAGAUUCAGAAUAAUAGCUUUAAUAUUUUGCCAUUCUUUUUUAUGAUAUUGCUGCAUGGUGACCGAAAAAGAAUUUUACUUUGUAAACUCAAAUCCUGACUUUGGUACAGAAAAGAAGUCUACCAAUACAUCUUCUGAAUGCAUAAGGGCCUUAAUUCAUCGGGGGGUAGUGGUUUUUCUAAUGUUUUUGCUUAGGUUAAAGCCUGGUGCUUUGUCACCUUUUUCGUUAAUGUAUUUGAAUUCAUUUUGUGUAAGAUGAUUGUUGUAAAAACAACUUUUUUGCAGUCUUGGCUGUAAAUUUACCUUCAUAUUGUAGCUAAGACUGCACAAUUGUCAUGUAACAUGACUUUCAGUUCUGAGAUAACAUUGUUUGAUGUGCCAUGUAUAUUUGCCGCUGCCCAUUCUGUCUUGUGUUCUAUACUAUCCACAUUCUUAUUUUAAGUGCCUUUUAUUUUAACAAAUGUUCACUUUUUACAGUGCUAUCAUGGAAGUUAUUUAUUAAAUAAAAAAUCUUUUAAAACAUCA